AUGACCCAUCAAUCCCCGAUCUACGUGUCUUCUAACGGGUCUUCUGGUGUCGGGCCUAUGGCGGACGAGCUUGAGAUUUCCAUGCUUCUUACUCCUCAUGGCCACACCUUCUAUUCCGAUGAUGUCUUUUCUCAGGACGAAUUUGAUUCUUUGGAAGCCGUGGUUUUAAACCGCUUUGUCCACUACUGUAAGACGAAUCAACCAAAGGAUUAUAAUGACCACGACGCUAGAGUUCAUACCUAUAUCCGGAUUCGUGAGGCUUUCUAUCAAGCUAAUAACCAUAAAUUAGAGAAAUCUGUUCCAAAUGGGAUGCCUCAUAGUCAUCACUUUAAUACUCCAAAAAAAUUUGACAUGACUGGCGGCAUAUUUUCUAGCCAACGGCGUUCCGUCCAGUUCUUCCAACGCGUAGGAUCCUCCAGGAUUUUGGUCCACAAUCCGGUAAGGCCCGUUCCAUUUAUUUUCGAAUAA